AGAGAGAGAGAGAGAGAGAGAGAGAUGGGACGGGGGCGUGCUCCAUGUUGCCAGAAGGCGGGUUUAAACAAGGGACCAUGGUCGCCAGCGGAGGACAUGAGGCUCAUAGCCUAUAUUCACGAGAAUGGACAUGGCAACUGGCGUGCACUUCCCAGACAAGCAGGGUUGCUGCGAUGCGGGAAAAGCUGUCGAUUGCGAUGGAUUAAUUACCUUCGGCCGGACAUAAAGCGUGGAAAUUUCACCCCAGAGGAAGAAGAGACCAUAAUCAAGUUGCAUUCAUUGCUAGGAAACAAGUGGUCGAAAAUCGCGUCUCGCCUUCCAGGGAGAACUGACAAUGAAAUUAAGAAUGUGUGGAACACAUACUUAAAGAAGCGGCUAAUAUCGAGUGAACCCAAUUCUUCUGUAGACGAGCAUAAAGUAUCUUUCAGCUCAUCUUCCUCUGAUUCAACAAUAUCACAUUGCGACCAAGAAGGACAGGUGGUACAAGAAGAACAAGUGCGACCAAUGAUCAAAUAUGAAAGCCCCCUUGAAGUUUGGGGCGAAGAACAAAUGGAGAAGAAUCAGGACAACACGGAGGGGAUAAUCAAGAUUCCCAUGGAAACUAACAUGGACUUUCAGGAUGUGUUAGACGAUGGAUCUAGUAAUUUGCUAGAUAAUAAUGAUGGAUCCAGUGACGUCGACACUGACUACGUGGGUGUUUCACAUUUAAAGAAGCGAUUAGGAACCGAAGGGUCUAAUCUGUCCAUAGAUGAGCUUAAGGAAUCAUCAAGCUCAUCCUAUAAUUCACGGGUACCAUGCUCCAAUCAAGUUGUUGGAAAGGGACCAGAAGAACAAGCCCAUCCACAAUUCAAAUCAGGUCAGCCAAAUGAUGAGUCGAAGCAAGGCCACAUGGAAGAAUUUCCUGAAACCCCUUUUGAUCCCUGCUUAGACUUUUGGGGCAUGUUGGAGGAUGACUUGUGUUUCUUUCCAUCAACUGUGGGACCAAUGGAUGAGCGUGGGGCCCACCAAGGACCAUUCGGAGAAGGAGAAUCAAGAGGAGAGGUUGAUAGUAAAAGCUGGAUAACAUACUUAGAAAAUGACUUUGAACUGUGGGCCACUGGUGAUGAUAAUCAGCAAGUCUAGAGGAGGGUGCGUUUGAACCUCUAUGGUCAUGCACCCCCUCUGGUGGGUUAGCAAAGGCUGAAAAUGAUCCUGUUAGCACUUAUUUUCAAACGUGGCCAUAGAUUAAACAAUUCCAUUUUUAUUUUUAUUUUUAAUAUACAAAUCUUAUGACUUUAUACCCUCAACCCGGUGGUAAAAAGUGUAUGACACACAAGUCCUCUGGUCACUCGUCCUAACACUCGAAUACAUAAGAAAUUAAAAUACAUGAUCGAUGGUGGAUCCUCGGCAAACAUUUGUAAAGCAUUUCUUAUGGACGUGCGUAUAAAGGUUAUUAUCAUGCGUGUAUUAUUCAACAUGCGUGGAACUUUGUUCAACCUAUGUACAAAUGCUAUAUCACUAUCUGAGUUCCUCUUGUGUUUUCUGUAUGCCAUUGAACCCGCGCAGUAAGUGAUUCCUGCGAUGAUGAUGGGAUGCCCCAAAUUUCAGGUCUGUAAAAUUAAUAAGGCGGGCCACACCAUUUACCAAAAAAAAAAAA